ACCAGAGAAGACCCCAUUUGCAGUAUCAAAAAUGGGUUUACCUAAAAUGGCAGCCAUUGUUGUGGUGGUGGCUUUGAUGCUAUCACCCUCUCAAGCCCAGCUUUCUCCUUUCUUCUACGCCACCACAUGCCCUCAGCUGCCUUUCGUUGUUCUCAACGUGGUUGCCCAAGCCCUACAGACUGAUGACCGAGCUGCUGCUAAGCUCAUUCGCCUCCAUUUUCAUGAUUGCUUUGUCAAUGGGUGUGAUGGAUCGAUUCUAUUGGUAGACGUACCGGGCGUUAUCGAUAGUGAACUUAAUGGACCUCCAAAUGGUGGAAUCCAAGGAAUGGACAUUGUGGACAACAUCAAAGCAGCAGUUGAGAGUGCUUGUCCAGGAGUUGUUUCUUGCGCUGAUAUCUUAGCCAUUUCAUCUCAAAUCUCUGUUUUCUUGUCGGGAGGACCAAUUUGGGUUGUACCAAUGGGAAGAAAAGACAGCAGAAUAGCCAAUAGAACUGGAACCUCAAACUUACCUGGUCCCUCAGAAACUCUAGUGGGACUUAAAGGCAAGUUUAAAGAUCAAGGGCUUGAUUCUACAGAUCUCGUGGCUCUAUCAGGAGCCCACACGUUUGGAAAAUCAAGAUGCAUGUUCUUCAGUGACCGCCUCAUCAACUUCAACGGCACAGGAAGACCCGACACAACGCUUGACCCAAUAUACAGGGAGCAGCUUCGAAGACUUUGUACUACUCAACAAACACGAGUAAAUUUCGACCCAGUCACACCCACUAGAUUUGACAAGACCUAUUACAACAAUUUGAUUAGCUUAAGAGGGCUUCUCCAAAGCGACCAAGAGCUCUUCUCAACUCCCAGAGCUGAUACCACAGCCAUUGUCAGAACUUUUGCUGCCAACGAACGUGCCUUCUUUAAACAAUUUGUGAAAUCAAUGAUCAAAAUGGGCAACCUCAAGCCUCCCCCUGGCAUUGCAUCAGAAGUUAGAUUGGACUGUAAGAGGGUCAACCCAGUCAGAGCCUACGACGUUAUGUAAUAACUUUAUCCCACUUCAUCCCUUCUACUUUUGCUGUCUCUUGUACUACUUUGUUGAUGUAUUAGUUCAACCGGUUAAGAUAUAUAUAUCGUUGACCUAAAUAAUAGA